AAGUGAGGGUGCUGGCACAACCAUCAACCCCCGAAAAUAUGUAGGCUAUAGCGCUUGAGAAAACGUCGUGUGUGAUGACCCUCCAUCCUCGUACAUUCCUGAUAUUUAACUGGACAACCAAGACUUUAGACUUGGCUGAAAGGCAUUAAAUAUCCCGACUGUAGCUGCACUCCAAGGCUGAAGAACCUCAUCUGAAUCAUGGGGAACAUUUUUGGGAAUUUGCUGAAGAGCCUUAUAGGAAAGAAGGAGAUGAGGAUUUUAAUGGUGGGGCUCGACGCUGCGGGAAAAACUACAAUCCUUUACAAACUCAAACUGGGUGAAAUAGUCACUACAAUCCCAACCAUUGGGUUCAAUGUGGAGACAGUGGAAUACAAGAACAUCAGCUUCACUGUGUGGGACGUGGGUGGGCAAGACAAGAUCCGUCCCCUGUGGAGACACUACUUCCAGAACACACAGGGUCUUAUUUUUGUGGUGGACAGUAACGAUAGGGAGCGCGUCAAUGAAGCAAGGGAGGAGCUGAUGAGGAUGCUGGCCGAGGAUGAGCUGAGAGAUGCAGUGCUCCUUGUGUUCGCCAAUAAGCAGGACUUGCCGAACGCCAUGAAUGCUGCUGAGAUCACAGACAAGUUGGGGUUACACUCCCUGCGCCACCGUAACUGGUACAUCCAGGCCACCUGCGCCACCAGCGGUGACGGCCUCUAUGAGGGUCUUGAUUGGCUGGCCAAUCAACUCAAGAACAAGAAGUAAGAAGAGAAUCGGGAGAACCAACAGGGCUCCCCACCGGCAUUUAUUUUUCAUUUUUUAAAUUUUUGUUUUUUAUUUGGCGGGGGGGGAGGGGUGAAAGGGGUUUUGGUUGAUAGGUGCAAGGUAAGAUCAUCAGGGUUUGGGGGAGACUUUACUUUGUUGUUUUUCUGUCUGUUGAAGUUCUUAAUAGUUUUCAGUGCUUAUUGAAAACAGAUUCUCAUGUAUUUCAUGUUUAACCACAUACACACAUACACACUAACCGUAAGCAAUCACAGCAGACACUUGCUUUCCCUGUGUCCACCUCUCGUCAGAGGGUGAAAUGUAUGUUAGUCUCUAGGUGCUGUAACUAGUCAAGUGUGACUCCACUGAGUCAGCAGUGAGUCAAAUAGGACUUUUUGUUGACUAUGUAUUUUCAUUUGUCAGUAACUACUUGUCCAUACUGAGAGCUGUUCUGUGUCAGUUGCACUUCCUGUUUUUCUUCUUCCCCAUGAGGUAACAGAAACUUGUUUGAGAACAAUCACAGUUGGCAGAUUCUUGUCACCUUAAGCUUAAAUCUUUUGCUCUUCUCUUUUUUUAAUUUUUAAAUUUUUUUUUUUAUUUUUUGCCAGCAACGGUGAGGCACUUUGAUACUCACAUGAUGAUGUGUGUGUUUGUAUGUGUAUGUGUAUGUAUGUGUGUGUGUGUUUGUAUGUGUGUGCAUGAGCAGCCUAAUCAAUAUUAAACACAAAACACAGCUCUGUCUCAAAAACAGAAAGUGAAAUAACAUUGUAUUUUCCCAUUGCGCAUCCUCUUACUGCCUCCUGUUUUGCUAAUCUUUUGAUAUAUAUUGUUUGAUUCUCCCUGUAUGGUGAGAUCAAGCACAGGAGACUAUCUUUUUCAAUAUGUAAACAUAGCCUUUUCAUGGCUGCCUGAAGCGCACGUGUCUUGUUUACUCCACACAGUAGCUGUCAUCGCCGCUGUCGCACACUGCUCCAUCCUCUGAGCUGCAUGGAUGUUGGCGCUGUAGUUGAAAACCUGCUCGUAGAUUUCGAUGGUGUUCUGGAGCUUUCUAUAGUUGGAUGCAGAAACUAACCAAACCACAGAUUUCUGCUCUCCUGUGCUAAAUAUAGUCAGCUUUACAACAUGGUCUCUGAUGUCAGCAUGCACAUCUGCACAUGACGUACAGAUGUGCAUGCAGGGAUGUGUGUCACUUGUCUGCCUUGUGUGUCCAUGUGAGCAAUCAAACUGCAUCAGGUUGCUCUCACUUGUGUGUUUGAGUCUCAAACUUUGAGUUGCAUAUCGGGAUGAUUUUAAAUUUUUUUUUUUUUUCUCGGUCUAAGCUGAUGGCUGUUUAUUAUUGAAUGUGAAUAUUGUUGAUGAAUCUAUAAUGGCUGUAAUGAUAUUUAUUUGACAUACAUAUUCCUUUCUUUCAGUUGUGUCCCGGCAUUGAUUAUUUUUGAAAGCAAGCAGGGUCGGCAAAUCAGUAUCUUGCUGUUGUGUUUUGCAGAGAUUCAUCAGCACAUCAAAAACUCACUUAAAAACAACCAACAAGUUGCUCUGUCACCACUAAUACCAGCAGAUAUCUAGAUAUUUCUGACAAUAAAAGUAUUACUUUGUGCCAUACAUGGGUACUGUUACUCAUCUAGUAGAGCACUUGUUACAGUAGAAGAUAAUAACCACCAUACAUACUAAUCAGUGCAUCAUUUCUAUUCAGCAUCUAUUGUACGUUUAAUCAGUUGAGUUUGUGGCCUUAUAUUUUGUCAUGUAAAAAAUUAUACUGUACUUCAAGCCAAUUUACAUCAACCAGUUUCAUUUUGAUUUAAAUCACAUAUAUUUAUCUAUAAAGAAUGAUUUACAUACAGUAUUUAUUUCUCUAUGCCCUCAAAAGGCAGGUUUUGCGCCACAGUUCAAGAUGAGUAGACAAAGGUUUUGUCCUAGUAUCUUUUGUUUUGCAAGUAUACUUGAUUCAUAUUUUGUGGUAAAAAAUUUUUUUGUGUGUUUUGGGGUGGAAAAAAAAACUUUGAUGUAGACUGUGUCUGUGAAACAAUGAUAAUCAGUGCGACAAAAUAUAUACUUCUUGAUGAUUCAUUCUGUACUGUUCUAGUUACACGAGUAGAUUUAAAAUGGUGAAGACCAUGUUUCAAUGCUGAAUGCAUGGGCACACCUGUAUGUGAUGUAAGAAAAAAUCCGGCUGUAUUAAAAAUAAACCCAUUUUCUGUA